ACACGUUUUUCUCUUUUCGAGCUUCUGCUUUCUUGAUGUAAUGAACUUCUUUAUCUUAUUUCUGUUGGCCGCUACACAACUGGCAUCAGCAGAAAGAUAUACUUCAGAUAAAGGGCUCAACCACACGUUCCACUCGGGAAACGCUUACUUAGGCUAUGGACAGUGGGUUGCUAACUCACUGGGAAGAAUAGAGUUUAGCUUCAAAACUUCUCUACAGAAUGCUACCCUCAUCUACACAGCUGGCGAUUAUGGCCCGGUUCACGUUGCUCUACAGAAUGGUAGGAUUGGUUGUUCAGCAAGACUCUAUCAUAGGCCGAAUGACAUUGGUCCUCUGAUGCAAGGUACUGGUACUGGCCUAUUUAAUGAUGACCAAUGGCACCAUCUCGUACUCACACAUCGAACUAGCAGAAUAAAAGUAUUGAUUGAUACAAAAUUGGAAAUAAGCCUAUACAGCGGCGCCUCUAAACAUUAUAGACUGAUGACUAAUGGUCGACUUUAUGUUGGAGGUAUUCCACUUUACAUCAAACUCAGUCCAGGGUCUUUCAUAGGCUGUAUUAAAGACGUACUUAUUAGGGAUGGUAAAGCCGGAAAGCCUAGUUUACCAUCCUAUGAAAAACCAAGAUCCCAGAAUAAAACUAGUCAUGGGUGUACAGAACCGUGUGAGGAUCAAUCCUGCAGUGGAGGAGAGGCGUGUAUCAAUGACUGGUCUAAUGGAGUAGGGAUGUGUUCCUGCAUCUCAUUAGAUAUGGCAUGUCUACAAAAUAUCACAAAAGGGCCAGUUUCCUUGGAUGGCACAAAUUAUCGCUGCUACGACACUUAUUCAUAUUAUGAACCUCUCAUUUCAUCUUACCUUUAUCUUGGACUCAAGCCUCCGUAUCCUCAUAAUGGUGUCCUCCUCACAUUUUAUAAUCCUGACUCUCCCCAUCAAAGAUCUGCAUCUCUUUACGUAAAGGACUCUCUGCUUCAUUUUGCUGUCUACAGCUGGAGCACCUCCAUUAUCAGCUUACUCAAGUUUAAUGACACACUAAUCAGUGGGACCUAUUAUCAGAUCUCAAUCCUUAGAAACAAGAUGACAGUUAACAUUAUUCUAACACCAAGUAUCGGAAGUCCCAAGACAAUCCUCACAAAUGAAUUUACUGAAAACUCCAGCGAGAGAGUGUGUCUUGGGCGAGGUACUUCAGAGCUUUUCCCCUACGAAGGGUCAGUGGAAGUGCUACAGCAAGGUCUCCAGGUGUACCAGUACUUUGAAGAUUUUCCUCUUAGUGCUUCUCCGCUUAGAUACUUACCUGGCAAUGGCUCCGACUACUUGUCACUUUUGCCCAAUGUCCUCUCAAAAUAUGAAAGCUUAUCAUUUAGAAUAUGGAUGGAGAGACCAGGGAGUGUUAUACACAUGAGUAAAGAUGGUCAUAUGCUUGAUAUACAGUUAGAUGAAGGAAGUGUCACUAUUGACAAUGGAAAUUUCACUCACAACUGCAGUGGAAGGAGCAUUACAAGGAAAGGAUGGCUCUCUGUCAUUCUCUCUAGACCACACGUGUCUAAACUGUUGGUUACUGUUGAUCACUUUGAGUGCAUUAUUGAUGAUACCAAAUGGGCAGAAAUUAUCCAGGCAGUGGCAGAUGCACCUGUUAACAUUGGAAUGCGAGUCUCUAUGGCUGGCAAGAUUUUUAGUGGUUACGUUGAAGGUUUAAGAGCAGGUAAUAUGCCACCGUUGUGCCCUGUUAUAGUGUAGCUGGCUCAAUGUAUAGAGCAUUUAUAUAAGACACUGAUCAAACUCAUUUAUCCUCUUAAUGUUUAUAGCUGUUUGAAAAGUUGAUUAUCACUUAUCAUUAUUAUCAUUGUUAUUACUUUAUUGCUGUUGUGAUUUGUGCUUGUUUAAAUAUCAUUGAUUAUUGUAAUCCCUCUCU